CCGUCACCGAGCUCGGAUCUUGGGCGGUCGGUAAGCGAGGGAACCCCGUUUAAUUGCACCAAGUCCAAAGUACACCCAAACACAGUCCCAUUAACCUAGACGCGUGUCUAAUCACCACCCAAACACCAUGAUAUCGACGAUAUCGGAACUCAUUAUAGCGGCACUUGUUGCGGUGGUUGCGUCGUUAGUGAUAAGAUACGUUCGCUAUCGUCCAUCGGAUCGCUUUCCACCUGGACCACCGCGUGUGCCACUCCUCGGUAGCUAUCCUUUCCUGCUGGCCCUGAACUAUCGUCAUCUGCAUCGGGCCGCUGCUAGGUUGAGUGAGCUGUACCGCAGCAAUGUGAUCGGACUGCAUCUGGGCCCGUUGCCGGCCGUGAUCGUGAACGAUCAUUCGCUCGUUCGUCAGGUGUUACAGCGCAGUGAGUUCGAUGGUAGACCGGACCUGUUCCUAGCACGGCUACGCGAUGAGCGGUACGCAAGACGAGGCAUCUUCUUCACGGACGGGGAAAGUUGGCGAGAGCAGAGGAAAUUUUUCCUCAAAACCCUACACGAAUACGGAUUCGGACGGCGGAACGACACGGUAGAGCAGGAUCUCGAAUCGGGGCUGACGGAGCUGAUCAGCCUACUGAAGGAGGGCCCAAAACAUGAACAUGAGAAACCGUUGCUGAACGAGGCAGGCUAUGCCCGUUGCCCACAGCUCUUCUUUGCCCUUUUCUCUAACGUUAUGCUGCGCAUGCUGACUGCGUCACGAUUGGAGCGCGAAGAUCAAGCGGUACUCUUCGACGUUGGUGCCAACUCGCUCGCUUUCCAUCGUCAGGGUGACGAUUACGGUUUGGCACUUAGCUACGUACCCUGGAUACGCCACAUUCUCCCUGGCUUUAGUCGCUACCGAGUGCUGCGUGAAGUAAACCAGAGGGCCAACGCAGUCAUCCAAUCGCUGGCGGAACAAUGCGAGAAAACAUACAACGAAGCCGAUAUCCGGUGCUUCAUCGAUGCGUACAUACGGGAAAUCCGGCGCACCGGAUGUAACGUUACCACGGGAACGGAUUGCUUUGGAUUCGAAUAUGAUCAACUUGUGAUCGGUUGUGCUGACUUCCUUGUACCAGCAUUCUCGGCCAUCCCGGCCAAACUGGGAUUGAUCCUGCAGCGUUUAGUAUCGCAACCGGCGACCGUUACACGAAUGCAAACCGAAAUCGAGCAAUCGGUUGGACAAGCAAGGUUACCGCGUGUCGAAGAUCGUACCAGUCUGCCGUUCUGUGAGGCGGUGAUACGGGAAGCACUUCGUAUUGAUACACUGGUACCAUCCGGCAUACCGCAUGUGACCACGCAGGAUACAGAGCUGGCCGGUUAUCAGCUACCGAAGGGUACGCUAGUGAUCAAUGGAUUGGAUUUCGUUAACCAUCAGGAGGAUGUUUUUUCGAAGCCUCACGAAUUCCAACCGGAACGGUUUCUCGAUGCCGACGGAAAGCUGUCGCUGGAACUGGACAAAUCCAUCCCAUUCGGCGCCGGUCAUCGGGUGUGCGCUGGUGAAACGUUUGCCCGGAAUGCUCUCUUCAUCACGAUCACAACACUCGUGCAGCAGUUCAACAUUGCCACCGAGCUGCCACCAGAUCCGCGGCAGCAUCUUACCGGUGUGAUUCGUACGGCGCCGGAUUAUUGGAUUAAAUUUAUUUCACCCCCCCCGCCAAAGGCAGCAGAUAGAAAGACUAUCAGGCUUAUAAAAAGGCACCAUCUCGCACGGAACCGGUUCAGUAGUCACGGCAAGAUGUUUGUGACAACAAGUACGCUCCUCUGGGGCACCGUCGUUGCACUGGUGCUCUAUCGAUUGUUCCGCUCAGCGUUUAACCCCCGGCCAAGCAAGUUUCCUCCCGGACCACCGAAUCUCCCAUUCCUGGAGGGUUACGGUGUGAUGCUACUGGUCAACAACCAGCAUCUGCACAAAGCCGCAACGACACUGUGUAACUUCUAUCGCACCAAGUUGCUAGGUCUCUCGCUCGUCGGCUAUACGACGGUGGUCGUUAACGAUCUGCGAGUGGCGCGUGAAGUGCUGAACCGCAAGGAGUUCGACGGUCGACCUGAUCUCUUUUUGGCCCGGUUGCGGGACAAAAACUUUAACCUGCGCGGCAUUUUCUUCACCGAUGGCCCGAGCUGGAAGGAGCAGCGCUGGUUCAUCUUGCGCUUUCUGCGUGACUACGGAUUCGGGCGCCGCUUUCCCGAGCACGAGGCGGAAGUGAACAGUGAGCUGCUCAGCUUGAUCGAGAUGCUAAAGGCUGGGCCAAAGUAUGAGCACGAGAAAACCAUCUUCAAGGAUGGCUACGUCAAGUGUCCGAACGUGCUGUUUGCCACCUUUGCCAACGCGUUCCUGCAGAUAGUGACGGGUGAUCGGUUUGCACGCGAGGAAUGCGGUCCCCUUUACGAAACGGGCAGCGCUGCGAUGGUUUUCCAACGAAAAGGCGAUGACUACGGUACCAUACUGAGCUACUACCCGUGGUUGCGCUAUGUGUAUCCCUUUUCCCGAACAUAUCAAUCCCUGCGCGAUGCCAGCAUGAAAGUGAAUGCCUUCAUAGAGUCAGUCAUCAACAAGUAUCGCGAAACGUACGAUGAAGCGCACGUCCGCUGCUUCCUCGAUCUGUACUUCCGUGAGAUGCACAAAACAACUCCACCAAAGGAUGAGAAAGAGUUUUCCUUUCAGCUCGACCAGCUGAUCCUGGGGCUGGUGGACUUUUUCUUUCCAGCCAUCUCGGGAGCCACCACGCAGGUGGCGCUACUGUUGGAACGAUUAUUGCUCAAUCCGCACGUGAUUAAACGGAUGCAGGAGGAAAUCGAUCAAGUUGUAGGGCAGGGUCGGCUACCUACGCUAGACGAUCGUAUCGAACUCCCGUACACGGAGGCUACGCUUCGGGAAGGGAUGCGCAUCGAUACACUAGUGCCCUCGGGGAUCGCACACCGGACACAAACGGAUGCCACGCUACAAGGAUACGAGCUGCCCAAGGAUUCCUUAGUCGUCAUCGGUAUGGAUGCGAUGCACAAUCAGAAGGAGUACUGGGGCGAUCCGGAAACGUUCCGCCCCGAGCGGUUUCUCGAUGAGAACGGUAAACUGUGCCUGGCCAAAGACAUGUCACUUCCCUUCGGUGCAGGCAAGCGGCUCUGUGCCGGUGAAACGUUCGCCCGAAACAUCAUGUUUCUGACACUGGCCGCGCUCAUGCAGAACUUUAACAUUCGCCAGCCACCAUCCGAUCGGUUGCCCGAUGUGUCGAAGCGUUUGACCGGUGUAAUCGUUACGCCACGGGACUACUGGUUGCGGUUUGAACCGCGAUAGAUCAGAGCUAGCGACCAAAAUGAAGAGCUUUCAAACAAACUUAUAUGUUUAUGGUUUACUUAUAUGAAAACCAUUUUAAAAGAGACAUUCAUUAAACACUUAUCUAUCGGCUAUAUGAAAGGUCCAGUAAUGCCGUGGGGAUAAUAUAAUUUUUCGCACGGUUCACAAACAAUAAAUAAUUGCUUUAAUCUA